AUGUCUGCAAGAAGAAUAGACCACGGCAUAAUCACGGCCAUCGCCAUUGAUAAGGACAAGAACAGCCAACACGCCUUGAAGUGGGCCGUUGAGAACAUCGUUGCCGAUUCUCCACAUUGUGUUCUUCUCCACGUUCAACAAGGGAACACAGGUCCACAUUUACAACAUGACAAUCACGAAGAAGCACAUCAGUUUUUUCUUCCUUUCAGAGGAUUCUGCGCUCGAAAAGGAAUUAUAGCCAAAGAGGUUCUGCUUCGUGAUCUUGAAAUCUCCAAUGCUAUUGUCAACUACGUCAACAACAACUCCAUUUCAAAUCUCGUUGUUGGUGCAUCUACACACAGUGCCUUCCUCAAGAAGUUUAUGAGUCCAGAUGUGCCAACCACUUUGCUUAAAACGGCGCCAGAGUCUUGUGCAGUCUUUGUUGUGUCAAAAGGUAAGCUUUUAAAAAGCAGAUCAGCGAGUCAUCCUCAGAAACUUCAAAAACAUCAAGCUCUCUCUUCUUUGUUGUACAACUUCGAGCUAUCAAGCUCCUUUAACUCCAGUGAAUCCGACAGGCCAUCAUCUGUAUCUACUACUCAACUUAAGAUAUUCAAGCCAGAUUUCUCUCAAUCCAGUUCACCUCACAGCUCGCCGCCGCAAUCUAUGAGUGAGAUUUCUCAGUCAGAGACUGAGAAUGGUAGUUACGGCGUGGAUUCAACUGCGAGUUCUUACACCAUCUCUGAAAGUUCCACUACCAAUGGAAGCUCCAACUCUUCUUCAUCCACGGAGAGUCCACUUGCCGGAAAUUUCGUGGAGCAACAGCAACAAAAUCUUGAAGCAGAGGUGAGGAGAUUGAGACUUGAAUUGAAACAGUUUAAUGCCUCAAAGGGAAGAGACACUAUGAACCAAAAAGAAAGCUCUCAAGAACUUGGAGGAACCGAAGCCAUAAGGUCAGAGGAAGCAAUAGAGCUGCCAAGAGCGUUGUUGUUGUCUGAGGAGAAGCAGAAAAGGCAGUCUGCAAUCCAAGCAUCUGAGAUAGCAAAGAGGUUAGCGAAGAUGGAGAGCCAAAAGAGAAGGUUACUAGAGAUGCAGGCAAAGCUGGAGAAACAAAAACAUGUCAGUAAUGUCUCUUACAGGCGUUACAGUAUCAAAGAUGUUGAAGGUGCAACAAAUGGCUUCUCAGAUGAUGUAAAGAUUGGUGAAGGAGGUUAUGGACCUGUUUACAAAGCUGUUCUUGAUUACACUUCUGUCGCCAUUAAAAUCUUGAAGUCUGGUAUCACACAGGGACUAAGACAAUUCCAACAAGAGAUUGAGGUUCUGAGUAGUAUGAGACAUCCUAAUAUGGUGAUCCUACUCGGUGCAUGUCCUGAGUAUGGUUGUCUUGUUUAUGAGUACAUGGAAAAUGGAACGCUUGAAGAUCGUCUCUUCUGCAAGAACAACACACCUCCGCUUUCUUGGAGAGCAAGAUUCAGAAUCGCUGCUGAGAUCGCCACAGGGCUUCUCUUCCUUCACCAGGCAAAGCCUGAGCCUUUAGUUCAUCGUGAUCUGAAGCCAGCAAACAUACUACUCGACAGACAUUUCACUAGCAAGAUCAGUGAUGUUGGUCUAGCUCGUCUUGUACCUCCCUCUGUGUCUGAUGCUUCCAGUAACUAUCACAUGACUUCUGCAGCCGGUACAUUUUGUUACAUUGAUCCUGAGUAUCAGCAAACAGGGUUGCUUGGAGUGAAAUCUGAUCUCUACUCUUUCGGUGUGGUGCUUCUGCAAAUCAUAACAGCCAUGCCUGCAAUGGGGUUAGGCCAUAGAGUAGUGAUGGCGGUUGAAAAUGAGAAUCUUAAAGAGAUUUUGGAUCCAACGUUGACAGAAUGGCCUGAAGAAGAGACUCUUGAGUUGGCUAAAUUGGGUCUGCAGUGCUGUGAGCUGAGGAAAAAGGACAGACCUGAUCUUGCUUCAGUUAUAUUACCAGCUCUCAACAGGCUAAGAGACUUUGCAACAGAGGAUCAUGAACGUUUCCAAGACAGAACAUCUCAUGUGUCACACGCUUACAACUCAGUUCCACUUUCCCCAACUCCUUACUCUGAGAUCAAGCGGAAGCUGACGAGGGAAGUAGCUGAGAUCGACGAGGAUCUUGAUCCGUUGGGGACGAGUAAUCAAAGAAGAAGAAGUCGACCUCCAAGAUCACAUGGAAGCCAAAACAAAGGCAAUCGUUGGUCUUUUAUGAGUUGUGCUCCCUCCAAAGUUGAUUGGGGUGGACUCCCAUAA